CUCGGAGUCCGGGGCGAUUUCGGCGAUCAAAUACCGUAGUAUACUCGGUAUACAUAUAGCCUAUAAUAAUACCGUAUAGGCCCUUAUAUAUCCUGGCAAUAUUGUAUAACGCCACAAUGGGGCCUUACGAUCGCGGAGCUACAUGCACUGGCCGUCGCGGCUUCGAACUAAGCUCGGGGCUACUUCGAUUGUAUCACUCUUUCGGUAUGGAUACAUCGCGCAAGGCAAAUCUUGAAUAUUUAGAAGAUAGUCCCGAGGCUGUCAUUGCCUAUGCCGCGGGAAAUGCUUUGGUCAUUUUAUUCGUGCCCUCGAUGAAGAGAAAGUAUGUAUUCGGGAUCGACAGGACAGGCGUCGGCUCGUUUGCCGUACAUCCUACACGCAAAUCCUUCACGGUGGGCGAAAAGGGAAGAGAUCCAAAAUUGUGUGUUUAUGAGUAUCCAAGUCUUGACCUCAUUAAGAUUUUACGGAAUGGAGCCGUGCGAAGCUUCGCUUGCAUGUCGUAUUCUAGCGGUGGCGGAAAACUCGCGACAGUAUCCGGGUCACCUGAUUUUAUGCUCAGCAUUUGGGAUUGGAACAAGGAACAAAUGCUUCUUCAAAGCAAGGUGCGUAGAUUUGAUGCAUUGAGGAUCCGAAUUAGUGCCUGUGAGCUUAGGCGUUUGGUCAAGAAGUUUAUAGUGUCAAGUUUUCUCCGGUAAACGAUGGCCGGUUGACAACAGCAGGGACAGGCCACAUUCGCUUCUGGAAAAUGGCAUCAACAUUCACUGGGCUGAAGCUGCAAGGGGACAUAGGGAAAUUUGGAAAGGUAGCCCGCUCCAGCCCGAACAUGAUUGAAAUAUGCCUACUCAACCCAUGAUUGCAGGUAGAACUGACUGACAUUCAUUCUUUUGUUGAAUUGCCCAACAAUCAAAUACUUUCCUCCACGGAGUCCGGAUCUCUUUUGUUAUGGGAAGGACACUUCAUUAAAUGCCGUAUCAAGCGCAACUCUGUGAGACCUUGUCACGAUGGUGAAGUAAGAAGAAUGUAUCAUCAAACAUAAAAUAUCCACCUGCUGAAUGUUAGGUGACGUUUUUGGCGCUGUCAGACGACACAAACUCUGUUGUCUCAGCUGGUGUUGAUGGCUGGGUCAGGUAUUGGGAUACUAAAUCUAUAGUUGACGCAGAAAUAGACACUGAUGUAUCCAUUGAUUAUGUACUGGAGCCCAAAUUUGAAUUCGGCAUCACCAAUCCUGAAGUUGGAUGUUCUAUUCGUUGGAUGUUGUAUGGAGCCGCGAAUGAGUCCCAUUACUUUAUACGCGAUUCUUUUGGUAAGCUUUGGAAGUUAUUAGUUCCGGGUGCGGACGUGAACCAACUGCCAGCAGCCUGCCUGUCAGCGUGAGUCACAUUGCCACCGCUCGUCUUACAACAGAGUAAUUAUGCAUGCAGGUUCCAUGCUGGGUCAAUUGAGUCCCUUGCGGUGUCUUCCAUAGAUCAUUUUGCUGCUACCGCUGGAUGUGACGGAACAGUACGUUGCUGGGACUAUAUAGCCCGCCGGCAGUUGUACUUGCUAGCUCAUAAUCACGCGGUCACAGCAUUGUGUUGGGCACCUGUUUUCUUGGACUCCCAAUGUCGCACGCUAAUGGUUGGCUUUGAUAACGGUGUCGUCCGCGUGCUAUACCGCGCAGGAACACAGUGGCUCUGUAUCCAGUGCUUUAAGCCUCAUGAUACUUCCGUCACAAAAGUUGCUACGUCCCCAGAUGGGAAAUACCUAGCAACUGGCUGCGCUCACGGUGUUAUUUUUCUGCUGCAAACUCAGAAACUCGACCUUGGUACAUCACAAUUGCCAUAUGAACCUAUCGGGUUUGUGAAUGUUGGUGGUCCCGUGUCCUCAUUGUGCUGGCAGAAGGAUAGUCUGAAGUUGCUGAUAACUGCGAAUGGUCGUCUUAUGAAUAUUGAUUGCAGCGGCCAGUUAGACGUAAAGGGAUCCGGAACUUAUGAGCUGUGCUGUCCUGUCAAUGAGCGCCACAUAUCGUGGCGUCGUGAAGAUACAGCUACUUCUGACAUAGAUGACUCGCAAAACUCACAUUCCGCCACUCCUGUACUUGAAGCUGCAGUCUCAUGUGCGGCAUAUUUCGAUAAUAAUACGAUCCUAACUGCCGUUACAAACAGAAGUGGCUUAAUUCAUGUGAUUGACAGAGGCACGCAUAAUUUGGUUGAGUCUCUUCCUGUUGGAAUAAACGCCGCUAAGCCCAACGCGGCCGUACUUCUUGUUUACUACGAAAUUCAUUUAUCUGUGGUUGUGACGGCCAGUGAUGAUGGAACAGUUUCUGUGCGUCAAGCUGACCCAAAACUACACUCCGAACGUUUCUGUGUUGUGUCACAGCCGCACGAUGCUGAUGCACGUGUAAACGGUGCUCUCGUUUCCUACGACGGCCAUUUUUUGCUUUCAGUUGGAUCUGAUGGUUUAUUUGUUAUCCAGCAAUUGAAUUUGAAGGAGCUGAAAUUACAAGCCUGUAACAAAGAAACUAGAAAGGCAAACGACUGUUUUGAGCCUCACGAGUUCGUGUUAUCCGAAGGCGAGCCUCCAUCUGCUCAAGAUGGAUUUCAUGUAGCAAGAGCUGACAUUUCAAGUGACAUACAUGAUAGGGCGAAGGAAUCCGCUCAUCUGCAGGCAGAUGACUUGCCAGACAGUGCCUAUUCUUUUGAAGCCAGCCGAGCGAAGCAAGAAAGAGAUCAAGUCUUGGCAGCCGCGGAGAAAAAACGGGAAGCGGUCCGCAAAGAAAUAGCACACAUACGGGAGAAUUUCGAAAAUAUCGUUCCUAAAAUCCAAAAGGACACAGAACCUCACUUAUAUAACAUGCAAGACAGUGAUUUGGUCAUAGAUCUCGAAUUCAAUCACACAUGGAAGCAGCAAGAGGACGAACUUUUGGAAGCAGUCCGUCAGUCAUGCCAAUACAAUAGUCAAUACUCAAAACUUCUCUUGGGCAAGCUUAGAGGUCGUUAUGUAACAGAAUUACAAAGAAUGGGCCCCAGCCUAAUGGAAGGUCAGACAAUUGCAGCAUUGAGAUCAAGGCAAAAGGUCGGUUCAUUUCGUCUAGCGCAAGUAAAUAGGGAUAUGCGACUGCUUUUGUUGCAAUUACAUUCUAACCUACGCUAUGAGGAGCAGCCCGAGGCUGAGCCUAUAACAACAAAUGGUUUGGUGCCCAGGGACGAAGCAAGGACGGCAGAGCCGGAAAACACUUCGGUUGUCUGUGGCAGGAAUGCUAAGCGGCCCUCCGCUCUGGAGUCUCGCAAGUUGUUGCGUUUGAAUCGCCAAGCAAAACUCGUAGCUAUGGCCGCCAGACGCCCUUCAGCCGACACGGAUGACCCCAGAGACGUGGAAGCCAUCAAGCGGGCAAAAGCUCAACUCGGUGACUACAAAAUGAAAUCUGAGCCUUCAUAUGAAAUCGCGCAAACAAAGCAAAUAAACACAGCAAAUAAAAGACGGCAGAUGCUAUUGCUACAGGAAAAUAUCGACUCGAUCAAACUAAGAUAUAAUAAACGAUUUUUGGGUUUACGAGCAGUAAAGAGGCUAAUGACUCACUCACUACGUAACGGGGUUGAUCACGUGAGAAAGGUUAGCCGUGCACUUGGCGUAGAAGCAAAUUCUUUGGUAGCAAAUGGGUUUGAGCCCGCCCUAUCUUUGGAUGAGUGGCCGGACGUGGCGAGAGAUUUAUCAAAGACCGAACUUGACUCAUUUCUAUCUGGUCAUAUCACCGAGAUGUCCAGCAGGCCAUGUUCAAAGUCCAACGGGAACCCACUAGGCAACGUCAUCGCGGCUAGAAGCGUCAGAUCUGCCGUCAAUCUGCCUGUUUUUCGUCUCCUGGACAAUGAGGCAAUUAGAUCAACAGAUUCUUGCCUCCAAAAAGAGGAAGAUCUGAUUUUAUGUAAUCAACUUAGGCACCAGCGGUCCUUCAUUAUACAUAAAAUUGACAAACAUGUCCUUGCUUUUGAAAACGCAUUGAAUGAAUUACGCAAAGAAUACAUCCCUCUUCAAGCAGAUUUGAAAGCAGCUGAUGUGAAAUUGACGAUCAUGCUUCAGGUUUGUUGAUGCGUUUGUUUCUCAUUGGAAUGUGGUUUUGUAGGAACUAUUACUAUUAAAAACGCACGAGGCCCGGGAUGUUGCCAUGAAAGAAAACCUUAAUCUUGCAUGUCAAAAACAGCAUGAUGCAUCAACAGCAUCAUCAGAUAGCUUUUUACUCCUUGCAGCCAAAAAAAACGACCGGGAUGUAUGCCAAACUCAUGAGAAAGCAAUUCUAUCUGAAUUUCUAAACGCUGUACCUAAGCAACAUCAGUUUCACAAACCGUUACUUAAGGUUUUUAGUAAGAAACUCAAAAGAUCGAAAAAAAAUAUCAGCGGCAAUACUAGCGAAGAUGAAACAAACGAAGAUGAGGAGGACAGCGAACUCGAAGGAGAAGACGACAAUUCAGACAGUGAAGAAGACGAGACUUGUCCGGCUGGCUGCAACAUUAGUCUUUAUGAGCAAGUAAUUGAGCUCCGAGAAAGACGCCUGGAUCAGGAGGACAUCUUUGCUGACAUUAAGUGCGCCAUUAAUGAAGCUCAGAAAGCCUAUGAUCGGCACGUACAACAGGAAAAACAGAUACAACGCGAUGUUUGUUCUUAUGUCGAAGAUAUUCAUUCCUUUCAGACAAAAAAACAGCAAACACUGAACAAGUGAGCUAAUUUGUGUGUCAUGAAUUGGCUUUAUUCACCAACUCACAGGCUUUAUUCACCAAUAGCAUUGCAUAUGAAUCAGCUCUACGUCUUCUCCCCCCGAAGUGUAGACAACGAUAAAAUCAUUGUCACCCAUUACCCACGAGCAGAGAUGAAUGUCCCAACUGAACUGGCGAUAGCGCCCCUUGCCGAAAUGGGGGACGCUGUACUCUUCUCCAGGGCUUGCCUGGAGAAGCUACACACUCGCAUUUUUGUUCUAAAAUCCAUCAACAAGAAAGAAAAGACUCAUUUUUCUGAACUACACCGAAUAAAACGACGACUUGAACGUGUCAAGGUUACCUUGGAAGUUCAAACCACUAAAUUGCGCAGUAAAUGCACUGAUCUUCAAAUGCUAAAGUAAUACAAAACGAGAGUCAAAAAUAUCUUAUUCAUGUUCUUGCAGGUUCGGGCAAUUAAUCAAUCUUGAUAUUUUGGAGCGUGACUCAAUAAACAAAGGUUGUCUUUACAACUCAACUAUCCUAUGAGAUUGUCUUUUUUAGACCAACAAGCCACAAAUGAGAAGAUACAUAAGAUGGAUAUGGUCAAUACUGGCGAGCUGAAUAAGCUAAAAAGGCUCCAGUCGGUCCUCCGCGACAAGCUCCGGAGCAUAACUCGUCAGAAUACAAUUUACUUAACUCGAGUAGCAACGUCAUCAGCCCGCCAGUUCCAACUCGAAAAAGACCUUGAUUUCUCCAAAUCCUCGUCAAAUGAUGGAAUGAAAAAUAAUAUCUCUGGACCUUUAUCGUGCUCUGAGGCAGAAGAGCGCAACCGGCUCGUAGCACUAGUCAAAAUCCAAGCAAAAGAAAUUGAUGCCCUCAAAAUGGAAAUAAAUUUGUUGCGCAGAAAGGGGGGACACGUGUAUGCUUAUUCUGCAUCACAUAAUGUGACGGGUGUACCAUGAUCCUCAGUCAGAUGCCAGUUGAUUGUGACUCAUUAAGAAUGACAGAUCGACAAAUUGAUUGUAAUCGAACACCGUCUGCACUCCCAACAAUGAGUUGCUCUCGACCGCUUUGGCUUUGGUGUAUACACAGGAACCUGUGGCUUUGCUUUUUUGCAUUCCUCUGGUAAUCAGGACUUUGGUCAACAUAGUUACAAUAACCCCUCCCCUGGCCGGACCGGGUAAUUUUUUGGAGUACAUUCUGCCUACCUUCCCUUCCUUACUAGUAGCUCCAAUUAGCCUCAGAUUAUUAGGAUAAAUCAGUUUGCGACGCUUAAGACUCCGUGAACUUGAAGAAGACCUCGAA